AUUGCUCAGGUUUCAAGAGGCCACCGAAGCAAUUCUACAGGCUGCACAGUCUAUGGAAGAUGUGGUCGAAGGAGGAACGGUGACAAGGAGCCUCUUUAUAAGGUAUGAACACAACAGCAGCAAACAGAUGUCUUAAACGGCAAGUCGCAACCUGUGAAUAAACCAUUAUUAUUUUCCAGGCUUGCGAAACUCGCCACACCCUUUAUAGUGAUGAUACAGAACUGGGAGAUAUGGAAAUUAACAUUGGAGAGCAGCUCAACAAGGCCUAUGAAGCGUAUCGUCAGGCAUGCAUGGACAAAGAGCAGGCUGUGAAGCAAAUGCAACAGAAGCUGGAUGUUUGUGAACAGCAACUCCAUGAUCAAACUAAACAGAUUGCCAGUCUUAAAAAUUGUAUCACUGUGCUGACAUCACAGUCCUCCACUGCUAUUGGCCCAGGGAAAGGUGGUACCCAUGCCCCACCGCAGUCUCCGAAGCCGGGAAGCACUGAGGGCUGGAGAAAUGAGGCAGCCAAUAGUUUUUCAUAUGAGCAUCUCCAAGAAGAGCUGAAUGUUUCCAUGCAGAGAGAGAAGCACUAUAAGGAGCAACUGGACAAUGAAAGGUUCAAGCUGAGGAAACUGGAGGAAUCCCAGAAGGCCUUUGAUUCGAUUGUGCUUAAGAAAAACGACGAGAUCAGGGUUUUGAAAAAUCGAUUGAAAUCAGCCAAUGAAAGGCACGAAGCAGAAGAUUACAGGCCGACGCCCACCCAUGAGGGAGAGGUGAAAAGUAAAACAUUGCAGGAUCCCGCUGGCGCUGGCUCUGCCCCUGUCUACACCAGGCAAGGAAUGGAACACAUUUUCUCAGAAAUGAAAGAGGAAUUCAGUCAGAUUUGCAGGCUAACGAGAAAACAAAGCCUACAGCUCAAUACGCUUCUGUCGAAGAAGGAGAAUUCCCCCGAUAUUCCUCUACAGUGUUCCAUGCCUAUUCAGUGCACAGAUGAGCCCCACGAGGAAGAACAGGACAUGGCCAUCAAUGUCAAAAGCGAUAAAUCGCCUUUUGGAUCUAUGACCCCACGUGGACUGGGAGGAGACGACGAGAGCAUUUUAGUAGAAUCCCUCUCAGACUUAAGUGUCAAAUUCCCACCAAAUGACGAUGACUCUGAAUUCUUACAAAGCGCCCCUGAAAAGAUACCCAUUCUGUGUCCUGUUUUAACUCAACUUCCUAGUCAGUUACACACUCAGGCCCCGGUUCUUAGUACAACGCAGCCGAACACAACAGAUACUCGCUGUUUAGCAGGAGUCCCUUGCAACCUGGAAAAUAUAAAACAUCCCGAUUUGGGGAAUAACUACCGAGGCAGCAAUUUGCAAACCUCCGAGGACAGUGACCUUCUUCAGGCUGUCAACAGCCCAGUGAGGAAAUACACAAACACUUUCUAUAGUCCUGAUAUCUUGGAUGCUCCUGAAUCAGCAGAAACAACAGGAAUGAUAGUCAGAGGGCCACAACAGGCUGUUUGGAAGCCGGUUCUGCAUCAAGAGAAGGACCUUUCAGCUCCAGGUUCCAGAAAAUGGGAUCAGAACAGCUCUGACGUGUGUGAGUUCUGUAAGGCCGUCUUCCCCUCUGCAAUGAGGUCUCACGAGGACUUUUUUAGGCAUCUUAAUUCCCAUUUUAAGGAUGGACAACCAAGAACGAACUUCCUGGAGCAGCAGAAACAUUGAGCCAACCAAUCUCCUCCCACCGUGGGGUUUAUUCCAAUUACAGUUAAGCACAGAGAAUACUGUAGGGCAUUUUUAGUCACAUCUUCUGACUCGUAUAUAAUAGAUUGUAUUAUAGUCAUUGUUAUUGUUCUCUUAUAGCUUUUCGUAGUGUUCAUAUGUUUAAAAUAUAAAAUAUCACUUGGUAGAAACCUUGAAUAGGAAUAAAUGUGAGUAUAUUCGAGCUAUUUAACGGUUGUAUUCCAUAAUCAAAAAAAGCAUUUGAUUAGAGAGCGGGGUGUACUUACCCAGACUGGAAGGAAGGGUGAAAAUUAGCAUGCAGCCAAUCAGAACAUUAGAAUGGACACAGCGCAAAAACUAGGGAUGCACCGAUUCGGUUCAGUAUUUGGCCAAAUGCCUUAACAUGGAUUCCGGGGUUCGGCCAACCCCC